AACCGUCUCUAGCAAAUCAUCUCUAUCAAUGGCUCUAGUGUCCGUGCGCGAUUUCGAGAAGCGCGCUUCCGAAAUAAUUCCCCUUCAUGCCUUGGAUUACUAUCGAAGCGGAGCCGGAGAUGAGCUGUCCCUCCGGUUGAACCGCAUCUGCUUUGAUCGGCUCCGGAUUCGGCCUCGUGUGCUAAAUAGUGGUGCAUCCCGAGACAUGACGGUGCGACUGUUCGGCGAUGAGUACGCAAUGCCCAUCGGAAUCUCUCCGACCGCUAUGCAGCGAAUGGCGCAUUACGAAGGUGAAGUGGCCAACGCUAAGGCUGCCGCAAGCCGGGGUGUCGCGUUUACGCUCAGCACGAUUGCCACCAGUUCAAUCGAGCAGGUUGCUACCGGAACACCGAAAUCGCCCAAGUGGUUUCAGUUGUACAUUUAUAAAGAUCGAAAAUUGACUGAAAGUCUGGUGCGCCGGGCGGAAACAGCAGGGUUUAAGGCGAUAGUUUUAACGGUCGACGCACCGAUGUUCGGACUUAGACGGCCGGAUAUGCGGAACAAAUUUUCACUGCCACCGCAUUUGAUAUUGGCCAACUUUGAAGGCCGACAAGCGACCGGCGUUCAGAGCCAGGGUGGAUCCGGCAUCAACGAAUAUAUUCGUGAGCAACUUGAUCCAACUUUGUGCUGGGAUGAUGUUAAAUGGUUGGUAAACUUUACCAAGUUGCCUGUAAUCGUCAAAGGGAUACUUACCAAGGAGGAUGCCAUUAUCGCGGUUGAUCUGGGUGUACAAGGCAUCUGGGUGUCCAACCAUGGUGCAAGGCAACUGGAUUCGGUACCGGCUUCGAUUGAAGUUCUACCGGAAAUUGUAGCUGCCGUGGGUCGCCGCAGUACGGUAGUCAUCGAUGGAGGUGUCACCGAGGGCACGGAUGUAUUCAAAGCUAUAGCACUCGGUGCUAAGAUGGUAUUCUUCGGCAGACCGGCUAUCUGGGGCUUGGCAGUAGAUGGGCAACAAGGAGUGGAGCAAAUUUUGGACAUUUUAAAAAAGGAGUUAGAUCUGGCUAUGGCAUUUGCCGGGUGUCAAAGCGUGGCCGACAUCACGAAAAGUCACGUGGUUCACGAGUCUUACUAUGCUAAACUUUAACCAGCCAAUGCACACAGUGGAUUGGAACCCCGAGAUAUGCCACAAUAUUCAAACUUAAUUAUUACAAUUCCUUAUGAGUUGAAACUUUAUGAAUUCGUGUCAUGUGGCGUGUAGAAUUUUCUAUUUUCAAAUAAACAACUUGUUAGAUUGUCACGGGGAAACUGUUAUUA